AUGACUGAGAAAAAGUUUGUCGAGAAAAUAGAGAAAGCUCUGGAAAAGUCCAAAGGCCUUAGCAUCCAUGAGCUUCUUUUUACCUACCAGGGAAUCCUCUACCCGUCUUCUGUCUGCAGUGCAGAAACAUUCCAAGCUCUGGAGAACUUCGAAGCCAGAAAAGAUGACGUGGUGCUGGUGUCUUAUCCCAAAUGUGGUGAAUACAACCUUCCAUUAUUUUUCUACAUACAUCAAUGAUGUCAUGAGCAAUGCAGCAGACUGAUGGGUGGUUUUUUAAGUACUGUAUAAGGAAAGAUAUUAACUAGCAUUGCUAAGGGUAGUGUGCACUAGCACAGAAAUUGCCUUUAACUGGUUUCCAGAGCGGGUCUCAACAAAAAGCUUAUUAUUUUCAAUAUAUCUGAAACCUGUUGAAAACUAGACCACCUGCUAUUCCAUUGUUGCUACUUGUGCAAACCAUUGAAAAUGCACUUAAAGCCUUAAGGCAUUUCAAUAAAAAUGCUUUGCAUUUUUUAAGGCACUAUCAAAUUGAGUUUGGAGUGGACAAAGCCAGAGAGACAAUGUCCUUGUGUAGAUGCCACAACCAAACCAUGUGUCUUGGAUUUGUGCGUUCUUUCCUCCCUUUUCUCCUCCUUCCUUUUGUUCACACGGAUUUCCUCCUCCUCUCCCACUUUGUUGCUCAUAGUAACCUUUCUUUCUUUCUUUGUCUGAAUGGUUAUCACAAACCAUAGUUUGUCUCCAAAUCAGAACUGGAGGCUGACUGUGGUUUGCAGUAAUCAUAGGACUCAGCUAUACAGCUUCAAAUAAAAUGUUUUAAGUGUGUUUUAAGUGCAAGAUACAAUGUGACACUAGAUAGCAAUGGUGAGUCUUAUGGAAAAUUCAAUGUAUUUUAAAAAACGCUUUAAAAGUACAUUUUCAGAAGGUUUUUUUAAAAUGUGUGUGUAGAUUCCACCAUAGUUUGACCAGGUUUGGAUGCCACAGCAAAUGAUUGCUACCAGGAAGUACGGGAGGAGAGCAUGGUUUUCACAAGUGUGAAGCAAAACUCAAGAGUUGGUGGUGGUGUUUUUUGGGAGGGAUAGUAGAUUAUUCAAUAUUUUAGUGGCUGUAUUACAAAGAAGAUAUAUUUUUAAAAAUGAACAUGUAGUAGAGUAAAAGCCCAAACCAGUUUACUGUAAUGUUAAAAACUGUUAUUAAAACUGAACACUUCUAUUUGAAUAUUUAUUGAUUGAAAAAUAGUUUCAACCUGUCAUUAUAACUAGCUUAAAACAACACUGCAGAAUGAUUUAUUUGUGAGACCUUGACCAAGCACAAUCAUGGUUAUAAAGUUGGUCUUGAGCCUAUAGGCAGGGGUAGCGACCAUGGCUCCCUCCAGGUGUAACUGGAUCCCUGUUCCCCUCAGGCUCAGUCAGCAUAGCCAAUGGUCAGGGGUGGCGGGAGUUGUAGUCCAGCAACAUCUGAAGGGCACCGCAUUUGCUACUCCUGCUAUAUUCUCUCAGAUAUAUGGCCAUGUGCCUUCCUGAAAGAAAAAAGGCAUGAAUUUCUUUCAUAAGAAAGCACCUCUGGGCAUGUAUUGUCACUUGUCUUCUUGUCACUUGGAAUUAAAGGGCUGGCUUUCCUCAGAAGGCAGACAGCACUUCUUUUGAAUCUCCAGACAGCAUUCUGGGAAUAUAGCCACCCAUCAAUUCUGAAAUGUCAACUCUUCCAUCUUAUGAUGGUACUUCUCUACAAUGUGUAAAAGUUAAGCUGGUGUGCCAGGGCUGGGGAACCAUCAACCUGGGAUGGUGAAAUGCCUUAAAGUCCACCAUAAGGAUUACAAGCAUUCCACUUAUUUGUUUGUUCCAGGUAUUAAUUGGCUCAUUCUGAUUGUGAAUGAUCUGAUCGCUACCACUUUGAAAACCAAGCAUGAGAACACAGAGCUACCUUUCAUUGAGUGUGGGGAUCCAGAAAGGUAUCAGGUUAGUAAGACACAAACCCUAGCCUCCAAAAUCAGACACUUCACUCACACACAUGCGUUACUCACACUGAAAGGAAGUAAGGGAACACGGGCUCUGCUGAAGCAAACCUGCCCAACUGGUGACCCACCAAGCCAGGAGUAAUCCAUCAGCCAUGUUUUGUUUGGCAGUUCACCAAGUGCUCAGUAGUGAUCCUGAUUUUGUUGUCAUUCUGAGAUAACGAAGAAGCAUGGUAGCAGUGGUGAAGAACCUGGGGCACCAUGGAACAUGGCUGUUGUGCUCAGCCAAUGGUGAGAUGUAAGUUCUGCUGGUUUAUCCUGGGAAUCCCAGUUAUUCCAACUGCCUUUUGAUUAAUAUGUGUCAACAGAGCCGAUCAUUUUCAUGUAUGUCUGAGUCAUCCAUUUGAUGCUCCUUUUCUGUUCCUUUUUUUUUUAAAAAAAGAGGAUGAAACAGUUCCCAUCUCCAAGGAUUGUAGCUACACACCUCCACUACAACCUUCUUCCCAAGUCCAUCUUCAAAAAUAAAGCCAAGGUAAGUGGUAUAAGAUCAGCUUCUUUAAUUUGUCAGGAAACAUUUGCAGAAGUGACUCACAACUGUAAAGCAAUCAACAGUUCGUGGGAGCCUUGUGGGCACGGUAAGAUGUUUCUGGUGCUGGAUAUGGGUAACAAUACAAGACAAGAGGUUAAGUAGGAAGGAAGCAUUGGGCCACUCCUUUAGUCAGCCACAAAUAAAGAGGGGGGAACAUGUUGUAAAGUGCAUGGGGCAGUCAUGAAUUUUUAUACCACCAGAUGUUUCUAGAAACAUAAUGUAUCACAAUGGGCUCAUGCUCCAACCUUCAGGGGAUGUGAAACCAGAGAGACUGGAGUGCCUGAGAAUGUGCUUUUUGAAGGGACUCGUGACAUAGUUCUUUCUGGCCAUUAUUUCAGCCUUCCCUUCUCUUACAAAAGAAUAGCUUACUUCUAGUUGUAGUUAGGUAGCCCAAAGUAGCAUUGUUUUUGUUAAUGACAGGAGGAGUUAAAAUUUAUGUCCUGUUUUCUCACCUCAGGUACUGCUGCUAUUUCGAAAUCCUAAAGAUACGGCUGCAUCAUUUUUCCAUUUUCACAACAAUGCUCCAAGCAUUCCCAGUUAUAACUCCUGGGAGGAAUUUUUUUCACUUUUUAUGAAUGGGCAAGGUACUCUAAUAAUACUUUUGAAUGGAUUUGGGAAAUUAAACCUCUUGUGAAAACAUGUGAACUAUAUUCAAGCUCUACCAAGUUUGCUGAUAGGAGUGCUAGCAGGGGAAGACUUGGGUUUUGCCCACGAUAAUUGUGGUUUGCAGUUUGAAUGGCUUUUCAGCAAUGGAGAUACAAUCUGGAGGGGGAAGCAUCUGUGUGCCUUGACUGGUGAACAUGGGCUGAAAACUGAUGAUAGUUGUUGAGAGAGGUGGAAUAAUGAUAGAGGCAUUAUUGUCCUUGGUGUACACUCACAUUUCUUUUGUCUCAGUGUCACUCCCAAUCAAACAGGAGUAUAAAACCAUAAAAAACUAUUUGCUGUACAUGAAUAUUGGAUGAGUGUUUGCAUCACAGUCAUUCAUGUCACCUUCAACAUCCUGCUGUCUAUAUACAGCCGAAGCCCAACUGAGGGUGUGCAUGAAUGUUUUCCCCCCAAUAGCUGGCCCCAUAUUAUCAGAGACAAAAUUUGAAAGACUUUUGUUGAUCAUUCUUAAGAAUAAAUCUCUCUUUCCUUGUGGUUGUAUGUUAUCCCUGUGGGUAUAAAGAGAUAUUGCGUGAACCCUAUGCAAUGUUUUAAAAAUAGCCUACUGUUAAAGUUUUAACAGUUUCUACUAGUAAUAAAAUAGUUCUGAUGAGUUGUCUUGGUCUGAUCUGCAGUUGCCUGGGGAAGCUAUUUUGACCAUGCAGUCGUGUGGAACAAACAUAUAGAUGAUGAAAAUGUUCUGGUUCUGACAUAUGAGCAAUUAAAAGAGGUGAGCAUAUUCAUAACUACCAGCAAGGGUAGUUUAAAAAUAAGACGUUAUCCCAACUUGCAUAGGUUUUGCAAGAUAUAACUAGAUCAGGAUCAUAAUUUGAGGGCGGGCUCAUCCAUGUUUCAGCUCCUAAACUUUUUCUGAAAUAUUUGAAGUGAUAACAAAGGACAGAGAGUCUCUGUUUAUCUGAGGAGCAGAGUGUCCCAGUGAAUAACCCCACCCCAUGCCCAUAACCUAUAGGCACUUGGAGCUAGAGGACAGUGAUCCUUGCUUCCAUCCUUGAUUUGGCAUCUGAAGAAGAACAUAAGCCAAUGCUGCCAAUGCUGGCCCUUAAUGUCACCAACAGUGGAAUUCCUGGCUUGUUUCUGUAACUCAUUUGAAUAGUCAAGGAAUCGCUGGCAAUACAGUAGCAGCCAAAACCUGUUUACCAAGCUGAGAGAUGAGUAUGUCUAACCAUACUAAUGGAAAGUAUGGCUUUCCAAAGAAAGCAGGAAGCGCAAACUCUGUUAUAGGGGGGUUGACGUACUUCCUUUUGGAUGUGCCUCAGUUGUGACAUCCAUUUCAUUAAGAGUUUGUUCCCCAGCAUUCAUAUUCAUGGCAAGAACACUGAUUGCAGUAAGGUAGCCUCAUACUCUGGAUGCUUGCCACAGGGAGAGAGCUGAACAUCCAGUACCCAUUUGCCUCCUGUAGUUUUCAUCUACCUGCAGCAAGAUUAUAUGCCUAGUGUGGACCUUUCUGUUUGCUGGCAUCACUAAGAUUAGCCCAAAGCAACCAUAACUGUGCUUGAAUACUGGCAAUGUAUUCUGAAUCCCAUAUUGUUCUGGUGUAGCUUACCAUGGGAGAAAGAACUUUCAAUAUUGACCUUCUCACUACAUUGCUUUCAGGACCUGGUUGCUGGAGUGAAGCAAAUAGCUGAAUUCUUUGGCUUUACUGCUACUGCGGAGCAAAUUCAGGCUAUUGCAAACAGGACUGAGUUCCAAGCAGUGAGGGACAAAUCACAGGAGACACAUGGAGCGGUUGGCCCACUGAUCUUCCGGAAAGGUUGGUGAUAAACUUCUAUUUUUGCUGUAGCUUGCUUUAGAGCAGUCACUUAUGAGUAGUCAUAGUGUCUUCCAUGUUUUAAUUGAUUAACCAUGCAGUCCUAUGGAUGUAUAUUUGGGGAAAGCCAAUGCUGUGCUCUCUAGGUGUUUUGAGCCACAGUAUAUAUCAUUUCUUGAUCACUGACCAUGCCAGCUUGGGCUGAUGGGAGUUGUAGUCCAACAGUAUUAGGAGGGCAUUCCAUUAGCUAUCCCUAAUCUAUACUCGGAACAAUGAGUAUUUCAAUGGAGCCUACCCUCAAAUAAGUGCACAUAGGAUUGCAGCAUCCAUCAACCAUAGCCAGUAGUUGGUGAUGACAGAAGUUGUAGUCCAACAGCACUGAGAGAACACCAUGUUGGCUGUCUCUAGUCAUUACUGACUGGCAGAGGCUUUCCUGAGGUCAAGACCGGGUGCCUUUCCUGGAGAUACCAGAGACUGAACCUGAGACUUCCUACAUGGAAAAUGGUUUUUGUUGUUUUUAUACACCACCCUGCCUCCCAAAAGGGACACCAUGUCAUCUACCACUGAGCUAGGGCCCUUCCCCACUGUAUUAGUAUAUAGUAAGCUAAGGUAAAGGUAAAGGGACCCCUGACCAUUAGGUCCAGUCGUGACCGACUCUGGGGUUGCUCAUCUUGCUUUAUUGGCUGAGGGAGCCGGCGUACAGCUUCCGGGUCAUGUGGCCAGCAUGACUAAGCCGCUUCUGGCGAACCAGAGCAGCGCACGGAAAUGCCGUUUACCUUCCCGCCGGAGCAGUACCUAUUUAUCUACUUGCACUGGUGUGCAUUCGAUCUGCUAGGUGGGCAGGAGCUGGGAACGAACAACGGGAGCUCACCCAGUCGCGGGGAUUCGAACUGCCGAUCUUCUGAUCGGCAAGCCCUAGGCUCUGUAGUUUAACCCACAGCGCCACCCGCGUCCCUAUAUAGUAAGCUACAUGCAUCUAAAAAGAGAUUCAAUAAAUGAAUGUGAUGGUCUUACAGAACAAGAAGCGCUGCAGAGAAGACUGACAGAUUUGACACAGGAGGGCCAUAGCUUUUGUGGCUGUAUUCAGAGGCCUUCCUACUGGCCAACCUGAGGAAAAGAAUUGUACCAUUUUAUUCCCAGUUACAAUAACAAAACCUAAAUUUUUUUACUGGAUGAUCUUCAUAUUUCUGUCUAGCAAUGUUUAUAUGAUGUCUGUUAAGUGUCUCUUUCCCUCCCUCCAUUUUCCUUUCAUUCCAGGUGUGGUUGGUGACUGGAAGAACACUUUUGAUGAAGCUCAGAGCCAGAAAGUGGAUGCUAAAUUCAAGGAGUGUUUAGAAGGAACCAAGCUGGGAGCAAAGCUGAAGUACGAUGUAUACUGCAAAACCUGA